AAGGACAAAAAAAAAAAGUAUCAACCAUGUCGAAUUCUGCAUCGGGAAUGGCCGUAUGCGACGAAUGCAAACUCAAGUUCCAGGAACUUAAGGCGAAGAGGAGCUUCCGCUUCAUUGUGUUCAAGAUCAACGAGAAAGUGCAGCAGGUGGUGGUGGACAGGGUGGGGCAGCCUAAUGAGAGCUAUGAUGAUUUUACAGCCUGUUUACCCGCUGAUGAGUGCCGCUAUGCAGUGUUUGAUUUUGACUUCGUCACUGAUGAGAACUGCCAGAAGAGCAAGAUCUUCUUCAUCUCUUGGGCUCCUGACAUAGCAAGGGUGAGGAGCAAGAUGCUGUACGCGAGCUCCAAGGACCGCUUCAAGAGGGAGCUCGACGGCAUCCAGGUGGAGCUACAGGCGACCGACCCAAGCGAGAUGAGCAUGGACAUCGUAAAGGCGCGGGCCCUCUGAGCGAAAAAACCCAAGCCCGGCUACUACUACCUACACCCAGGAGCAGAGAGCCUUCAUCGGCACCGGCUCCUGUUCUUGCAAUUCCUCCCCAUCCGUUUUUCGUGCCAUUGGAAGCAAAGUGUUGUGUAAUGUAUGAGAUUGUAUG